GAAGUGUACCAGCGCCCUUCAUCGAAGCAGAUUGGAAAGCUCCUGUGGCAAAUCCUUGACCCUGUGCGGUACCUCCACUUCUACUGCAUUGCGCAUCGCGACAUCAAACCCCAGAACGUGCUUCUUGUGACGAAAGGCGUUCAAUUCCCGCAGCUCAAGCUGGCAGACUUCAACUUGGCCACAGAACUCCAAGGGGAGUUUUUGACCAAAUGUUGUGGUACUCCCGGUUUCAUGUCCCCGGAGGUAGUCCAGGGACGCUACUCAGAGCUUUGUGAUGUGUGGAGCAUCGGAGUGACUUUCUACCAGAUUGUCACGGGGCAGCGGCUAUGGAGGGAUACGGACACCAAGGAGAACCAUUUCAAUGAGCUCCUAGAACAGACACCCUUGAGUUUGAAAAGCACGGAAGCCUGGAAACUCCAGGGCUCCGGAGCGCUGGACCUUGCGCAGAGCAUGCUAUCGCUGGAGUCGCAGGGCCGUCCCACAGCAGCUGCCGCAAUGGAGCACGACUGGCUCCAAAGGCAGAUGCUGGGCAGCGAGCAAGCAUGCUGCACGAUCAGCUAA